GUUUAGAUGGGCUUUGGUAAUGGCAAAUUGGGUCAGUGAAGCAGAAACUCAUCCUAAAGCUUGUCCUAAUCGGAAUGCUGAGAAGACUUAUUGGAAGAGGCAGAAAAUGGACAAUGUCCACAUGGAUGGGGCUGCAGUUGGUUAUACUCGAAUUGCUCUUGCUGUCUUGAAAGCCUUCUCUUUAUAUUUCUACCAUUAUCCAUUACCAUUAUCUCUAUCUACUCUCGCUCUCUCUGUGCCAACUGCCAAAGGCUAAAUUAAAUAAAAAUCUAAACUUUAAAUUUUAUUCAAUCUUUUCCAUCUAUAUCACACUCUUCUCUAUGCACAUGACUUUCGGUGGUAUUGCUUUCGGUCUCCCUUGUUCCUUUGUCUUUAUCCACACUCUUUCUCUUCCUGUGGAAAACACCGCCAGUUUCUUCGGUUUCAUCUUGUUUUGGUUUCUGGGUAUUUCUCAAUUGGAAGGAUUUUGACUCUGGAAUUGGUUUCUCAUACUGUAUAAAUGCUCCCUGAAACUAUAUGGGCUGAGUUGGGCAUUUCAUGGGAGCUAUAGAGGACAGUGAACCACCUUUGAAACGCAUAAAGGGAAGACCAAAUAGCUUAGAAGAUUCAUCAUCUUUCACAGAUUCCAUAGCUUGCUCUUUGGGAGACUCGAUGGCCAGGCCUCUACCCUCCCAAGGAGAUGAUGGGGAAACAAUUGGUUCAAAAGGAGUCAUAAAAAGAUCUGAAUUCGUCAAGAUCAUAACAAGGGCAUUAUACUCACUUGGUUAUAACAAGAGUGGGGCCAUUCUAGAGGAAGAAUCAGGGAUACCGUUGAACUGUUCUGUGGUUAACUUGUUUAUGCAACAAGUUGUGGACGGAAAAUGGAAUGACAGUGUUUCCACAUUGCGAACAAUUGAUCUCUUGGAUGAAAAGGCUGUCAAUUUAGCAUCUUUCUUGAUUUUGGAACAGAAGUUCCUUGAGCUUCUGAAAACUGAAAAAGUCAAUGCUGCUUUAGAUACACUUAGAAAUGAGAUCGUGCCUCUUCAAAUCAACAGCAGCCGAGUUCAUGAACUUGCUAAAUGCAUUUUCUCUCCUUCAUCUGAAUUUUCAAGUCCAAAUGAAGAUGUUGCAACGUCAAGGGAAAAUCUCGUACAGAAACUGCAGAACUUGCUUCCAGCUGCAUUGAUGAUACCUGAAAAAAGGUUGGAGCAUUUAGUUGAACAGGCUCUUGAUGUGCAGCGAGAUGCUUGUGCGUUUCAUAAUGCUCUGGACACUGAUCUGUCUUUAUAUUCGGAUCAUCAAUGUGGAAGAACCCAGAUUCCUACUCAAACAUUACAGACACUAGUAGUGCAUAGUGAUGAAGUGUGGUUUCUACAAUUUUCACAUAAUGGGAAAUACUUAGCUUCAGCUUCUAAAGACCAGUCAGCAAUUAUAUGGGAGGUUCAAGAGGAUGGCCCAGUAUCACCGAAACAUGUAUUGACUGGUCACAGGAAGCCAGUGUUGGUUGUUUCAUGGAGCCCUGAUGAUCAACAGCUUCUGUCAUGUGGACAGGAGGAAGUUGUUAGACGCUGGGAUGUCAGUUCCGGAGAAUGCCUCCAAGUUUACGAAAAAAAUGGUGUCGGCCUGAUUUCAUGUGGAUGGUUUCCUGAUGGUAAAGGGAUAUUCUCUGGCAUGACUGAUAAGAGCAUCUGCCUGUGGGAUUUGGAAGGAAGAGAGCUUGAAUGUUGGAAGGGGCAGCGGACAGUCAAAAUAUCAGACAUGGCCAUAACUGAUGAUGGGAAGAGGAUCUUAAGCAUAUGUAAAGAAACUGCAAUACUAUUGCUUGACAGGGAGGCAAAUUGGGAGAGCAUGAUUGAAGAGGAGGAAGUGAUUACUUCAUUCUCAUUGUCGAAGGACAAUAAGUUCCUAUUGGUCAAUCUUAUAAACCAAGAAAUUCACCUGUGGAGUUUGGAGGGUGAUAUUAAGGUUGUUGCCAAGUACAAAGGCCAUAAGCGUGACCGGUUUGUUAUUAGAUCUUGUUUUGGUGGAUUUGAGCAAGCCUUUAUUGCAAGUGGGAGUGAGGAUUCACAGAUCUACAUAUGGCACAAAAGUUCAGGGGAGCUUCUAUUGACAUUGCCCGGGCAUUCUGGAGCUGUAAACUCUGUGAGCUGGAGUCCUGCAAAUCUUCACAUGUUGGCUUCAGCCAGUGACGAUCGCACAAUCCGAAUAUGGGGUUUGAAUCAGCUAAACUUGACACAUAAACUCACUCACAGAAAUGACAUUGCCAUCCACUCUAAUGAUAGAACCUGAAAUGAUAUUGUAAGUUCAAAUUCAUCAACAUUGAAAAAGUAAUGUUCUUUAUAAGUAAAACAACAUUGUGUAAAUUCUUCAAUCUUUUGCUUUUGUUGUUUUGCAUCUAUAGAGCAAAAGGCAUGUAAAUUGUUGGCUGCAAUCUGCCAAUAACGCUAUACAAAUUCAUGACAUUUGUUUUUUUUA